UCCAAGCGCUCCCUGGUUUACCGUGUUGGGGGGAGGGGGGAGGGGGGUAAGACGGAGCUGCUGCUGGCACCCAGUAACCAGAGGGAGCGAUAAAAUGCCAGUCAGCACCUAGAGUGAGCGAGAAGGAGAAGAUACGCGGAGAAGAAAUAUUGAGCUGGCGAUCAGAGCUUGCGUGGGUUUUAUCAGUGAAAUGUUCUUUCAUUGCAGCAGCUCGCUCCCCAGUCAAUGAUGAAGAAGCAGUUCAAUCGGAUGCGGCAGCUCGCCAACCAGACGGUGGGGAGAGCUGAAAAGACAGAAGUCUUAACUGAAGAUCUGCUUCAGGUAGAGAAACGACUGGAGCUGGUAAAACAAGUCUCCCACAGCACCCACAAAAAACUAACAGCAUGUCUACAGGGACAACAAGGUGUGGACGCCGACAAACGAUCCAAAAAGCUACCGUUAACAACGUUAGCCCAGUGUUUAGUGGAAGGCUCUGCCAUCCUGGGUGAAGAUACUUUGCUCGGGAAGAUGCUGAAGAUGUGCGGUGACACAGAAGACAGGCUAGCCCAGGAACUUAUCCUCUUCGAGCUACAGAUAGAACGAGAUGUGAUAGAGCCACUGUUUGUGUUAGCAGAGGUGGACAUUCCUAAUAUUCAAAAACAGAGAAAACAUUUAGCAAAACUUGUAUUGGACAUGGACUCAGCUCGAACACGGUGGCAGCAGUCUUCAAAGUCAUCAGGGUUGUCGAGCAAUCUGCAGUCGUCUGGCGCCAAGGCUGAUGCACUCAGGGAAGAAAUGGAGGAAGCAGCGAAUCGAGUGGAGAUCUGCAGGGAUCAACUGGCAGCGGACAUGUACAGUUUUGUGGCCAAAGAAAUAGACUAUGCAAAUUAUUUUCAGACAUUAAUAGAAGUGCAAGCAGAAUAUCACAGGAAGUCAUUAGUGCUUUUACAGAACAUAUUGCCUCAAAUUAAAGCACAACAAGAGGCUUGGAUAGAAAAACCUUCUUUUGGUAAGCCACUGGGAGAGCACCUCACGAUAAGUGGAAGGGAAAUUGCGUUUCCUAUUGAGGCCUGUGUGACGAUGCUGCUGGAGUGUGGCAUGCAGGAAGAGGGCCUCUUCAGAGUAGCUGCUUCUGCCUCCAAACUUAAAAAGCUGAAAGCUUCUCUUGACUGUGGUGUGCUGGACGUGCAAGAAUAUUCUGUUGACCCUCAUGCUGUGGCAGGGGCUCUUAAAUCGUAUCUUCGAGAGUUACCAGAACCCUUGAUGACGUUUGAAUUGUAUGAUGAAUGGAUACAAGCAUCAAACAUUCAAGAGCAAGAGAAGCGGCUCCAAGCUUUAUGGAAUGCAUGUGAGAAACUACCCAAAGCAAAUUACAACAAUUUCAGAUACUUAAUAAAAUUUCUAGCCAAGCUGACAGAAUAUCAAGAUGCUAACAAAAUGACACCUGGUAACAUGGCAAUUGUUCUUGGACCCAACUUGCUCUGGACAGUCAAUGAAGGGUCGAUGACUGAAAUGAUGACAACAGUCUCAAUACAGAUUGUAGGGAUCAUUGAACCCAUAAUUCAACAUGCUGAUUGGUUCUUCCCAGGAGAUAUUGAAUUUAAUGUCACUGGCAGUUAUGGCAGCCCGGUCCACACCAACCAUAAUGCAAACUAUAACUCCAUGCCAUCUCCAGACAUCGAUCAUUCUGACCGCAAGCAGCACGACCAAGGCAGGCGACCACUCAGCGUUGCAACUGACAACAUGAUGCUGGAGUUUUACAAAAAGGAUGGCCCAAAUUACAUGAGAUCACGUUCUGCAUCUUGUCCAACAUGGCUACUGCGCCUUAGGAAAAUCCAAAGCAUGGGUGUGAGGGUGAUGGACACAUCCUGGGUGGCCCGCAGAGGCUCCUCCGGAGUCCGAAAAACAUCCUCCACCCCACCCGGCACGCAGCCCCCUCCUCCGCCCGCCGAACCUGCCGCUUCGGGUCAGUCGCCAAUCCCUGAGCAGUCUCUAGAAAAUUCCUCUUCUCCCUCCCCCACUCCUCCUCCUAGUGGCCCACCACCCGGGGCUGAACGUGCAAGCACAGACGAGUUGUCUUCCACUUGGUCGGAUUCCAGUUACUCUUACCCUUCCCCAGAGAGUAAAAGACCUUCCCCUUCUUCUUGUUACCAGCAUGCCCACCAUUUCCACCUUCAGGCUCAGCCAUCUGCUUGGCCUGAGGGUCUCCCUCAAGCUUCCUCCCCUCAAAAGUGGUCAGGGUACAACCCAACCUUUGUCACUCAGCCCCCCUCCCCACAGCAGCUUGACAUCAACUCCAACCCCAAGCCGUGUUCCCUGCACCUUUCUAAGCAAAGCCCCCUCACUGACUCGCAUGUAUCUGAAACUAAUAUCUCACCUGUCUACAUCAAAACCCCUCUGCUCCUAACCAAGCACGACCCUUGUGGUACCCCCUUUAACCCUCCUGUGUCAGCCUCUCCCCCAUGGGUCGGCUGUGCCUGUGCCAGAGACAAAGGAACCAGGCUGACUAGUGCUAUGAAAGGCAAAGAACUUUCACCUGUGAUUGGACAAAAAGGGAGACCUGUUUCCGACCAUGUGACUUCCUCAAGCAGCCUCCAGCAAAGCAUUGCCAUCAGUCAACUGCCAAGUGAGCAAAGCCCCCAUACACUGAGGAAAGCUGCAAAGAAGGUGGCCCCCAUAGCACCUAAAAUCCCCUUUGACCAGGCAGCAGGCCAGCCUUCCCCUGCAAGCCUAUCUCCCACUCCCCCAAGCACUCCAUCACCAUAUGCUGCAAACUAUCCUCAAGCCUAUACCUUACCAUCAAGCCAAACACCCCCAGCUGCUCCAUCCCUGUCUUCACCUCCAUCCCAAACAAGCACUUUAGCUAAGUCUCGACCCACACUCAAACCUAGACAAAGACCCACCCUUCCACCUCCACAGCCUCCUACAACAGGGUCUAGCCCACAGCCUUUGGACCAUACAAUUUUAGACAACCUGUCAGCUGGAGAAAGCAUGUCUACAGAUAUUGACAAUCCAGAUCCCUCUUUUAUACAGUCAGUAGAGCUUCAUGAUGCACUCUACACAGAAUCUUCAGACCAAAUUUGCACAAACUCUGUGGCAGACUCUGGAAUAAGAGCAGAUUCUGACGAGGAGUCAGAAAGUACUGUCCUAUGACAUAAGAACACUCCAUUUGUGUGACUCAAGCUGUACAUAUAUUACAUCGACAGGAUGGUAGAUCGGUGGGCAUCACUUCACAUGUAAUUGCAAGAAAAACUGCUUCUAUUAACUAUGGGAAUGGAAUUCUUUAAGAUAAAAAAAUUUGCUUCGAUUUGAUUAUGGUCAGUCAGCCCUUAAAAACACUGUUCUGUUGUCUGUGAUCAAUUUACUUUUUAUUUAGCCUUACAGAAAUGGCUUUUUCAAUAAAAAAACUUGGCCUUUGAA